AUGAUAGCAACGGCAGGCUUUUCAAUGUUCGAUCAAGACACUAUGAGAUAUAUUGUGUCUGAAUUCUUAAUGACUAAGGUCAAAGCCAUUUUGCAUCAGAUUGUUCGAGAAUGGAGUCAACAAGGUGCAAAAGAACGAAAUAUUUCAUUUGAUUUGGUUAAAUCUGCAUUACGAACAAAAUUUAGCGAUGUGAGUAAAAGAGCUUCUGUAAGGAUAUUGAUACCUGGUGCUGGUUUAGCUCGAUUAGGAUGGGAUCUAGUUCAUGAAGGAUUUUCAGUUGUUUGCUAUGAAUUUUCUUAUCAGAUGCUUCUAGUUUCUAAUUUCAUGUUGAAUCAUACAUUUCAGCAAAAAUUGAAAGUAUACCCAUAUUUGUUCGAUACUUCAAAUACGUGGGAUUAUGAUGAUCGAACUCGUGCAAUUGAAUUCCCUGAUGUUCAUCCAGGAUCUUUAAAUAAAGAAUUAAAUACUUUUGAAAUGAACGCCGGUGAAUUUGUGGAAACGACUCAGUCAAAUAAUGAUGUCUUUCCCGUAGUUAUAACAAUUUUUUUUCUUGACACAUCUAAAAAUGUAUUUGAAUAUGUGGAUGUAAUUUACAGAAUAUUGCAAUCAGGUGGAAUUUGGAUGAACUAUGGUCCUCUGACCUAUCAUUUUGCUUCAUCAACUUGUUUGGAUGCUGCUGAAGUGCCUUAUGGGAUGUUAAUGAAAUACAUUGUAAGCAAAGGCUUUAGGUUUGUUUUAAAUUAUAACCAUUUUGUGAUCAAAAUAAGCAGUUAUGUUAUAAAUGAUUUAUCCAUGCUUAGACAAUCUUAUGAUUGCGCAUACUUUCAGUGUACGAAAUUAUAG